GUCUGCUCAUCACACUCGACUUCGGACAAACCCUCUCAUUCGGCCGGUUAGCCUGGCUAUGCAGAGCCAGCAACGGCUAAUUCCAGGAAAUAUGCAUUAUAAAAGGUCUGGCAAGUCCCGGACAAGGUGGAUUGACCACACAGCACAAACGCGUCUUCCACUAUGGUGGCUUUUUCGACUCUCUCGGGCCUCAAUGCCCUCUUGAUGCUCUUCUCCUUGAUCGGCAGUGCUAAUGCUGUCUCUUUGAAAGUCUCAACAGACGGUGGAAACUCAUCCAGCCCCCUUUUGUAUGGAUUCAUGAUUGAGGAUAUCAAUCAUUGCGGAGAUGGAGGAAUCUACAGCCAGCUGCUUCAAAACAACGGUCUACAGGAUCCCUCUGCCAACACCACCUCAUGGGCUUCUGUCGGCGAUGCCACCAUCGCCGUUGAUACCAACAACCCAUUGACCUCUGCUAUCCCUAGAACUUUGAGACUGGAUGUCCCUAAGGGCUCUAGUGGCCAGGUUGGAUUCUCCAACGAAGGGUACUGGGGAAUUCCAGUGGACGGCAGCACAUACCAAAGCGAAUUCUGGAUCAAGGGUGACUUCAACAACAAUGUGACGAUCCGACUCGUCGGAAGCAACGGUGGUACCGAAUACGCAUCAAAAUCAUUUCCUGUCACCGCCAAUGCGGAAAAGUUUACCAACUUCACCGUCUCCUUCCCAACAACCAAGGCUCCGGAUGGAAAUGUGUUGUAUGAGUUGACGGUUGACGGGGCUCAAGUCGCUGGAUCUUCGCUUUACUUUGGUCUUUUGCAGCUUUACCCCUCAACCUAUCACUCGAGGCGCAACGGUUUGAAACCAUAUAUCGCCGAUACCUUGGACGCAGUCCACGCAUCUUUCCUGCGAAUUGGUGGAAACAACUUGGAGGGAAAUGAUGAGAACUCGAGAUUCAAGUGGAAUGAAACCAUUGGACCAGUCGAGAACCGUCCUGGCCACCAAGGUGCAUGGGGAUACUACAACACAGAUGGGCUUGGUCUCGAUGAAUAUCUGUGGUGGGCGGAAGAUAUGGAGCUUGCACCUAUCCUGAGUAUCUAUGCAGGCUUUUCCUUGGGCUCUGGCGGAAACACUCCUUUUACAGGCGAUGCUCUGACACCUUGGGUCGACGAUGUUAUGGAUCAAUUGGAGUAUGUUUUCGGCGAUUCGAGCACAAAGUUCGGCUCCCUUCGCGCUUCCAAUGGACGAGCAAACCCCUGGAACAUCACCAUGGUUGAGAUCGGUAACGAGGACAACCUGGGAGGAGGCUGCGAGUCCUACGCAGAGCGAUUCACCGUCUUCUACGAUGCCAUCCACAAAGCCUACCCCGACCUCACCCUCAUCGCCAGUACAGAUAACCCCUCGUGCUUGCCCAAUCCUCUGCCAGAAGGCACUUGGGUUGACUUCCACAACUACAAUAACCCCGACACACUGGUGGAUCAGUUCAACAUGUUCGACAACAGCAACCGGUCCGUUCCGUACCUGAUCGGAGAGUACUCCCGCUCGGACAUUGACUGGCCCAACAUGAAGGGCUCGGUUUCGGAAGCAGUUUACAUGCUUGGACUCGAGAGAAACAGUGAUGUAGUCAAGAUGGCCUCUUAUGCGCCGUUGCUUCAAUUGGUCAACUCCACUCAGUGGAAGCCCGAUUUGGUCGCAUUCACCCAGAGCCCCGACAGCAUCAUCAACAGUACCAGCUACUACGUCCAGCAGAUGUUCUCUGUCAACCGCGGAGACACCAUCAAAGAGGUCACCUCCGAUUCUGCAUUUGGACCCGUGUACUGGGUUGCAUCUAGUGCUGGAAACCAAUACUUUGUGAAGCUGGCUAACUACGGAGCUGAUACCCAAAAGGUUACGGUGUCAAUUCCUGGAAUGAAGACCGGAAAGCUCACUGUUCUCGCGGACAAUGACCCGAAUGCAGAGAACACAGAUAGCCAGUCACCCGUUGCCCCGGUCGAUUCUAACGUGAAUGCCUCGGAUGGCAGCUUUACCUUCACUCUGCCUGCGUGGUCGGUGGCAGUUCUUGCCGCGAAUUAGUGCCUGUAUGUCUAGACUGUUUU